AUGAAAUAUUAUUUAAAUGAAACUGAAAAUAGAUGUGCAAGCAAGGAAGAGUCUACAAUAAUUUAUGUAAAUGAUGACGACGCUUUACCUAACAUAACAGAAACCUCGCCAGAAACGGGCUUCCAACAUGAACCUGAAAUUGUUAAAAGUAAUCUUACUGUAGUGCCAGAAAAAACGAAAAGAAAACUGUUUAGGGACAACAAUAAGGAUGCGGUAGAUAGUGCGAAUAAAAUAGUUAACGCAAAUCAGCAGCCGGGGUCGUCAAAGCAGCGAACCUCAGAAAUCCGAGGUAUUGAAUCAUUUUUUCAGCCUCUCAGUAAGCGAGCAGGUUUAGCUUGUGCUGCAACCCCUGUUUUUGGACUAGAUAACAGUAAUAAGGUGGUGGACCCUAUUGCUCAUGCUUCUUCCCGGACUCCCGAGUCCACUGUGUUUGAUAGCAGUGAUAACUUAAAUAAUCAUAUAGUAGUUGCUACUUCUUCCCGGGUUCUCGAGUCUACAGUGUGCAAUAGAUCAAAUGUCCCCUAUGAUAUAGGAAAUUUUUUAAAUAAACAUUUAGAUGACUACACAAAAUAUCAGCUCCUGUCAAAUCAUUGGCAACCAAAAGAUGACUACAAGUUCCCAUACUCCUCACACUUGAUUAAAGGUAAGGAGGUGAAACGAUAUUUUGGGCAUAAGUAUCUCAGCAAAUACCCUUGGCUUGUAUUUUCACCUGCGAAACAAGGUUUAUUUUGUAAAUACUGCCCUUUUUUCGCAACUGGUGGUGUUGGUAGAGGUCAAAAAGCUGUGCCUCUGCAAAAGCUUGUUACAAAACCCUUGAUAAACUUUAAGGAUAUUGCAGGGCAGAAUGGGGAUUUGGAGACACAUGCUAAUUAUAUUUAUCAUAAACGAGCUGCAGAACAGGGAGUAGCAUUCCUUCAUACCUAUAAUAAUCCUAACUUGGAAGUAAUCAACCGUGUACAUCAACAGCGUCUCAAAAAGGUGGAAGAAAACAGAGAGCGACUUCGUCCUAUAGUCGAAACUAUUAUCUUCCUCGGGCGGCAAAAUUUAGCAUUCCGGGGGCACAGAGAUGAUUUACCGAUACUUCAUAACACUGAGAUUUCCAACGAAUGUGACAUGAUUGUGAACGAAGGGAAUUUCAGAGAACUUUUAAGGUUUCGAGUAUCUGCUGGCGAUAAAAAACUAGAGAAACAUUUACAAUCAGCUUCUUCUAAUGCUACAUAUAUAAGCAAGACAACACAAAAUAUGCUUAUUUCAUGCUGCGGGCAAGAGAUUUCUGAGCAAAUUUUGAGUAAAGUACGGGCGUCACGAUACUAUUCAAUACUUUUUGACGAGACAACAGAUGUAUCUCAUCUGUCCCAGCUGAGCCUUACCUUACGAUACGUGCAUGAUGGUAAUAUUCAUGAGGAUUUCGUCAGUUUUGUGGAUCCGUUUGAGGAACUAGCUUAUGCUAAACAUGAGCAUGACUACGAAUCCGAUGAAGAAAAUUGGAAAGAAACCAAAAAACUACUUACUGCCGAAGAAAAGUUGGACGGACCCUCCACACCUAAGGAGUUAUCUUUAACCGGCAAGGCCAUUGGCCAAAUUGUCCUAUACCAGCUAAAAAAGAAGCUGAAACUUCCACUGGAACAGUGUCUUGGGAUAGGCACAGACGGAUGUGCCGUUAUGCUUUCCGAAGUUCGAGGUGCUGUCACGGAGGUUCAGAAGGAAGCCAAAAACGCUGUCAGGGCACCAUGCUAUAGCCACAAGCUAAAUAACUCUAUUUCCCGUAGCUCCAAAGUGCCUGCUAUCCGGGACGCUGUUGCAAGUAUGAAAGAAGUAAUUGCUUUCUUUAAAUCACAUCCGAAACGAAAACAUGUUCUCAUGAGCACUUUGGGAUGUGCGCUUACAUCGCUUUGUGAGACCCGGUGGGUAGAGCGGCAUGAAGGUGUACUUCAAUUUUCUGUUGACCUCGCAAAGAUUGUGGAGACUCUAGGAAAGAUUUCAGAGUGGCGUGACCCGAGCACAGCUGGCAAGGCUGCUUCACUGGUAACAACUUUAUGUAAUACACAAUUCAUGGUAUCAGUAUUGUGUCUGAGUGAUGUACUGUCUCUAACGCAGUCUCUAAGUAAAUUAUUACAGAAGACGGCGCUCGAUCUUAAUGGCAGUGCUGUGCAAGUAAAGAACACAAUUUCAAUUCUUGCCAGUCGUCGGGAAAAUAUUGACGCUAGUUUUAACAACAUCUGGCAGCGUGCAGAAAAUCUAGCCAAUGAACUGGGUAUCGAGCUGAAUAUUCCUCGUAUCCCUCGCCUUGGUGGACGCCAAAUUUAUCGUGCCAACCAUCAAAUGAAUUCAGCCGAGGAAUACUACAGAGUAUCAAUUUAUGCCCCUUUACUAGACUCUGUUCUCACAGAUCUGCGAGAAAGAUUUUCAGCAGAAACCUUAGGCGUCUUUCAGCUAUCAGUUUUUAUUCCAGAAAAUAUUAUUAAAAGUUCUCCUGGUGAAAAUGACAAAAGUAUAAAGUUCCUCCUCGAUCGAUUUGGAUUGCUUCUUGGCGUCGAUAAGGGCGCUGCCUCUCUUUUGUUAAAAGAUGAAUUGUUGCUGUGGCGGGAGAAAUGGGUCCAAGAAAAGGAACAACAAAAAGAGCUUCCCAUAACAGCUCUGGAAAUACUGGCUAGGUGUGAUAAGGAUGCAUUUCCCAUUAUACAUGAAUUUGUACUAGUCCUUGCAACGCUUCCAGUUACAAAUGCAUCUGCUGAGAGGUCAUUUUCGUCGUUGCGCCGCCUUAAAACAUAUUUAAGAGCAACCAAGACUGAAAACCGCCUCCUUGGUCUUGCCCUUAUGCAUAUUCAUAGGCAUAUUCCUAUUGACAUGGAGAAAGUGAUCACAAGAUAUGCAAAAACCGGCCAUAAGAAGAGAUUGGAGUUUAUUAUUUAAGAGCCAUAUUAUAAUAAAAUUAUUCUACUUACUUUAAAUUAAAUGUUUUUUUUAUACCUAUGGGUUUUAAUUUAACUUUUUUG